AUGACGAGUAUCCUUCUUGAUUGUGCGAACAACAUAGUGGGGAGACUAACUAAUCUCAUAAUAGAUGAGACUCGUAACGUUUGCUGCUUCAAUUGCAUUGUGGAUGACUUUGAAAAGGAAAAACCAGCGUUGGAAGCGAAAUGGAAAACCAUAUGCAAAGAUGUCGAAGAUGCAAGAAGAAAUACUGAGGAAAUUCAUGAUGAUGUUACCCAUUGGCAAGGAGAAGCUGAAAAGGUCAUUAAUGAGGAUACCAAAGCAAAAAAGGCUUGUUUUUGGGGAUGGUGUCCUAAUUGCAUUUGGCGAUAUCAUAGGGGCAAAGAACUAACACAAAUGACAAACGAUAUUACAAGACUCAAGGGAACCACCUUUGACCGUGUUGGACGUGCUCCUCAUCUUUCAGGCAUAGAAAGCCAUUCUUCACAAAGUUUCAUUCAUUUUGAAAGCAGAGAUUUAGAAUACAAACAGGUUUUGGAUGCAAUGGCAGAUGAGGACACGUAUAUCAUUGCACUCCAAGGAAUGGGUGGAACUGGAAAAACUACACUUGCUAAAGAAGUUGGUAGAAAACUUGAGAAAUCUGGAAAGUUUGAUCAUGUCAUCUUUACAACUGUGUCAGAUGCUCCAGAUAUCAAAAAGAUUCAAGAUAGUAUUGCAGGACCCUUAGGAUUGUCGUUGAAAGACAAAAAUGAAUGGGAAAGACGCAACACACUACGGCAGAGAUUAACUGACCGAGAGAAAAUUCUCGUAAUGUUAGAUGAUGUGUGGGAACCAAUUAGUUUUGAAGAAAUAGGGAUUCCUUCUGGUGAGAAUCACAAUAAUUGCAAAGUUCUUUUGACCUCACGCAAUGUAAGUGUGUGUAAUUCAAUGGGAUGUCCAAGGCCAAUUCAACUGGGGCUUUUGUCAGAUCAAGAUGCGUGGAUCCUAUUCAGAAAGCAUGCUGGUGUAGAUGAUGUUUUGUCCAAAAAUUUUCAGGAUAAAGGGCAGGAAAUUACAAAUGAAUGUAAAAAUUUACCGGUUGCCAUCGCAGCCAUAGCCAGCACUUUGAAGAAUAGACCCCUUGAAGAAUGGGAUGCAGCUUUGACAGCCUUGAGAAAUCCUAUGCCCAUGCUCGAUGUUGAUGAAAAUUUGAGAAAUAUUUAUAGAAGUUUAAGGUAUAGCUAUGAAAAUAUGAAGAGUGAAAUAGCCAAAAGAUUCUUCCUUUUACUGUCUAUAUUCCCAGCAGAUACAGAAGUACCUAUAGAACUUCUAACUAAAUUUGGCAUAGGGGCAGGUUUUUUUGGGGAAGUUGACAAAUACUCUGAAGCCAGAAGCCAAGUGCUUUCAGUAAAAAAUAAACUCAUAAAUUCUUGUUUAUGGUUGGAUGCUGAGAACAAUUGUGUGAAGUUGCAUGACUUGAUUCGUGACGUGGCCCUCUGGAUAGCUAAUGGAGACAUUCAAUUCAUUGCGCUAUCUGAGAAAAAACGGAAGGCAUUAGCCAAUAAAGAGAUGAGAAUUAAAUAUUUGUGUUGUAAGGACUUGCAGGUUGGUGACAUGGAAAGCUUUCCUAGUUGGUUUGAUGGUUCCAAACUUGAGUUUCUAUUGAUAUCCAUGGAAGCAAGCGAUCCUGUAGAAGUCCCAAAUACGUUCUUUGAAAAAAUGACAAGGCUUGGAGUUUUGUAUUUAACACAUGAUGAUACGUCAAAGCUUCCUCUGACGCUGUCAAUUUCGGACAAGUCAUUGACAAAUAUUCGAACUCUUGUGCUGGCUGAUUGGGAAUUAGGUGACAUCUCUUUUUUGGUAAUCCUGCCAAGGCUUGAGAUUCUUUCUUUGAGUAGUUGUUCAAUAAGGGAGUUGCCAAUUGCAAUUACAAAAUUGGAGAAACUGAGACUGUUGGAGAUGGAAGACUGUGAAAUUGAAAGGAAUAACCCAUUUGAAGUGAUUGAAAGAUGCUUACAACUGGAAGAAUUGUAUUUCGUUGACAAUAAACUUCUAAUCCUUGAUACUACAGAUGAAGUUGAAGCAAUUCAUCAUCUAAAUACGACAUUUCCUACAUUGAAUAGGUAUUGUUUACAAAGGAAUUCGGCAGUGCGUGAUUCAAGAUCAAAAGUUGUCUGUCUUCCAAAUAUUGAAGCUUUGGUCUCUGAAGCAACAUUUAAGGCUCUAGUGCAAGGAGCAGAAGUUCUUCAACUGGAAGAAAUUGAGGGGGAGUGGAGAAAUCUCAUUCCUGAGAUUGUUCCAAUGGAAGGUAAUGGCAUGAAUGAUUUAAUUGAGCUCAGUUUGGAAUCUUGUUCAGAGGUACAAUGCCUUGUCAACACUAAGCAUCAUUAUUCUGCUGCACCAAAUGUCUUCUCCAAGUUGGUUGCACUAGAUCUUGUAAAUAUGGAUAGCUUGGAAGAACUGUGCAUUGGUCCCAUUCCUUCUGAAUUUCUAAAGAGUUUACAGAGGCUGAACAUAGAACAGUGUAAGAAUUUACGAGAACAGUUGAACAAGCUUGACCUUCGCCAUCUCAAGAUCCUGGAACUGGUAAGUUGUCCAAAGUGGGCAUCCCUAUUUCCACCAUUCACUGCUCGAAGUUUAGUUCUGUUAGAGGAAUUGAGAAUACGCAAAUGUGACCAAUUGACAAACAUAAUAGCAGGUGAAGGAUCAAAGGACAAAAAAAAAGAAAGGUUAGAUGGCAAAAAUGAUCACAAGAGCGAUGGCUCAGUGUUUCCAAAAUUAAAAAUCCUUGAGAUUAAAAAAUGUGAUCGAUUAGAAUGUAUUCUUUCAGUCCUUUCUCCUGUGGACAUUCCAAUAUUGGAAACUAUCACAAUAGUUGAUUGUGGCGAGUUGAAACACAUGUUUGGUGGUUGCCAACAUGAAGACCAAGAUGUCGUACUUGGUUCAUUGCAAGAAAUGGAACUUCGCGGCUUGUCAAAUUUCACAUGCAUUUCUAUAGAAUGUUACCCUCUUACAUCUUCUUCAUCAAAGAAGAGGUCAUUUUCAAGAAUUGGUUCCAAGGCAAAACAAAUAAACCUCAGCAAACGAAAAAUGAUUUUCCAAUCCUAUUUAUGUUGUGGUCGUAGAAGAAAUGAAGGAAAAUUGAGGAAUGACACAAGUAUCAAAAUGCCUGCGGUUUCCAUGACUGCUCAAAUAGAUCGCUCUACUUCUUCGGUAAAGUGUUCUCUCUCUGUUUUUUUAUUUUAUUUAUUGUAUAUUUUUACAACCACGUUUUACUUAACUACUAUCCCAACCUUAAAUAUUAGCAUUGAAAUUUGAAACCAAUGGAAAGAAGAAUAGUUAAAUUUACAUUAAUUAAUAAUUAUUACUUAAUUAUGAUACUAUGUGGUUUGGUUUAUAAAGAAUCUUUUCGUAUGAUCUGUAGGUAUCAAAAUCAUUUCCUCGCUCUGCUGAGAGUCUUCAAUGUGUUUCAAAACAAUCACAAGGACUGAGUAUGUCGAUUUUUCGCAACACUAGAAAGAUUGAACUAGUAGGUCUUGAUAAGGUAAAUUACCUAUUUACUUUAUCCACUGCAUCGUUAAUGUUGUUGGAAAAUUUGAGAAUUGAUGCAUGUUCCGGACUGAAGCAUAUAAUAGACUUUGGAGAUGACUGUGAUGGAAGGAACAGCGAUGUUAUAUUUCCAAACUUAAAGGCUUUCUCAGUGUACAAUUGUGGCCAAUUGGAAUAUAUGUUUGAUCAAUAUCUUCUGCAUCAUCAAAAGUAUACGAAGAUUCAUAUUGAUUUUCCAGCUUUGGAAACACUUCGUCUUUACGAGCUACCAAUUUUCAUCAGCAUUUGCCGCCAAAAUUCGUUGUCCGUGACUUUGCCAUCUUUGAAAGAGUUGUAUGUGAAUGGAUGUCCCCUGUUUGCACUAACAUCUCUCAAUGAUUUAAUGGUUGAUUCAGAUACAAGACAAUUGGAUCACGAAAAAGCAAAGGUAUUCUUCCUAACUUGUUCAAUUGUGCAAUCCUAAUAUUUUGUACUUACAAUUAACAAUAUAUAUUUGAGAUCUGAUUGAUUCUAAUACUUGCUAUGCUAUGUAAUUAAUAUAUAAUGUAUGGAUAUUAUAGGAUUUUGUCAUUACUAGAGUGUGUCAGCAUCCAAAUUUGCAUAAAGAAAAUUAAUGAACAAUAAGAUAAAAGUUACGAACGAGUCAUUCAUUGAAUUGGAAUUGGUUUAAUGAACAAUAAAACAUGUAUUUGUUGGGAUUUCAGGCAUCAAGCUCAGAAUGUGUUCAGACUUCUGAGAUUGCUCGGUCUCUUUCGAGGCAUUCGCAAUGCUUGCUCAAUAUUAGAUACAUGGAACUAAAGAAUUGUCCAAAAGUGAUAUCAUUUUUCACUUUUUCUAUUACUUCAACAAUGUUGCUGGAGAGUUUGAGGAUUGAUUCAUGUGAUGGAUUGAAGCACGUAAUAACAAGCAUGAGACAUGAUGAAGAUCGCAAGAAUUGCAACUCA